AUGUCGCACUCCCAUGACGGCUCUGCCCCGCACUCGCACGAGUUCAACGCCGCUGAGCAUGGCCACUCGCACGAGAUCCUGGAUGGACCGGGAAGCUACCUCGGGCGCGAGAUGCCCAUCGUCGAGGGGCGUGACUGGUCUGACCGAGCGUUUACUAUUGGCAUUGGCGGCCCCGUUGGCUCCGGAAAGACGGCCCUCAUGCUCGCCCUCUGCCUCGCGCUCCGCUCGAAAUACUCCCUCGCCGCCGUAACCAACGACAUCUUCACCCGUGAAGACGCCGAAUUCCUCACCCGCCACGCCGCCCUCCCCCCGCAGCGCAUCCGCGCCAUCGAGACAGGAGGCUGCCCGCACGCCGCCGUGCGCGAGGACAUCUCGGCCAACCUCGCGGCACUCGAGGACCUGCACAGAGAGUUCGGCACCGACCUGCUGCUGAUCGAGUCCGGCGGCGACAACCUGGCGGCCAACUACAGCCGCGAGCUGGCCGACUUCAUCAUCUACGUGAUCGACGUGAGCGGCGGCGACAAGAUUCCCCGCAAGGGUGGGCCGGGCAUUACGCAGAGCGAUUUGCUCGUCGUGAACAAGACGGAUCUGGCCGAGAUUGUCGGCGCCGACCUGGGCGUCAUGGAGCGGGAUGCGCGCAAGAUGCGAGAGGGCGGACCUACCGUGUUUGCCCAGGUGAAGAAGGACGUUGGCGUGGACCACAUCGUCAACCUCAUGCUCAGUGCGUGGAAGGCCAGCGGUGCUGAGGAGGAGCGCAAGAGCAAGGGUGGCCCUCAACCUACCCCUGGACUCGAGGCAUUGGAGGCAUCGGCAAAGUAA